AAGCCUAUUACUUCUAUUCCGAGAUCUCGAUUCCAAAAGAGAUUGCCAAAUAUUAGUUCAGCUGCAAAAAGGACGUUAAAUCCUGUUGCUGUCACCACUUCAAACCAUUGCAACGAAAAUCAGUUAAAACAGUCUUGUAAAAAUGGAAUUGAAUAUGAUCUGGAACCAGAAAAAAAUGUUGGACAAAAAUUACCAUCAACAAAAGAUGUUCCUGAAAUGUUGGAAAGUAAACAAAGCUAUGAUGCUCAAAAAAUUGAUGAAACUGAGCCGUUACAAAACCCAAAUGUGGAAAAUUCUCUUAAAGAGCUUAAUAUCACAAGACCUGCAAUAAGAAAAAAUGCAGCAUCCAAAAUUAUACAUCGGACUCCUUUUUUGAAAAAGCCACAACCAAAUAUAAGAAAUAUUAGCAAAAACAGUAGUGUUCCACAAAAAGAAAAAGUUGACAUUCCAGCAGUUGAAAAUUCUCAAAGAACAAUAGAAGACUCAAAAAGAUCAUCAAUAAUUGAGAGCAUUGAUACGAAUCAAGAAAAUAAUCAGAUGCAACUUCUGAAAGAAUCUGAUGUAACUGAGCAUACUUCCCCUCCUAACUUUGAAAAUUCUGGCAAUGAGCUUAAUAGUUCAAUUUCUGCAGUAAGAAAAAAUGCUACAUCAGCAGCUGUACGUCGAACACCUUUUAUAAAAAAACCUGUACCAAAUGUAAGGAAUGUGGGAAAAACCGGUAGUAAUUCUACACAAGAGGAAACCUCAAAAACUGCCCCUACUGAAAAAUCUAGAAGAUUAUCUGGCUGCCAAGAUGAGGAACCUUCCACUCCCAAUACAUCAGCUGUUCCCAAUUCUGUUAAAUUUCCACAUAUAACAAGCAUCCUCACUUCAAAGAAAAGAAAUUUGAAAGAAAAAGAGUUGCCUAAUAAAAGAAGGAAGUAUGGUAAAGGGGAUAAUCCUCCAGAAAGAAACAAAAUGACUAUUUUGGACCUCAUUUAUUACAAUCCCAGUGAAAAUCCUAUGCAAAAUUUGAAAAAGAAACCUGUGUAUAAUGAAAUCUUUUCUCCCAAGCCUAGUGACGAAGCUCCUGUUGAAAAUAGUACUGCUGAAACCACUGAAGAUACCAUCCGUCCAGUUCCAAAAUUAGUUGUGAAUGAAAAUGGUGACAUCAAUAUUGAUGAAUCAUCCUUAAUAGUUCAAAGAAAUUUACCAGAUCCUUCACUUGUUGAAACAGUUACUGAUGAAACUACAUAUUCCUCGUUUCGUAAGAAACCUUCAAAACAAUGGGGGAAAAAUGAAACUGCAAAAUUUUAUAGAGCUUUGAGUUUGGUAGGAACUGAUUUUGGUUUGAUGGAAAAACUGAUGCCUGGCAGAACUAGGCGAGAACUGAAGCUCAAAUUCAAGCGUGAAGAAAGGCACAAUUUAGAUUACAUCAACAGAGCUAUGUAUGAUUCACAGACAUUUGACAUUAGUGUUCUUCUGGAAGAGAGUUUAGAAGAUGCUGAAAUUCCUGAACAAAAUGAUCAGAAAAAAAAGAAUGGUAAAAGAGGGAGAAGCAAGAAAAAGAUUGAUUCUUCAAAUAGCAAAAUUAUUGCUUUGUCCGAUGAUGAAAGCAUGGAUAGCAGUUCUCAGAAUAGUUGUGAACAAAAUGUUGCCUUUGAUUCUCAACCUGAAAGUACUUCUCAUGACAGAUUGCAAUCUUCACCACAGUUAGCUCUCUCAACUCCUAGAGGCGGAAAAAAAGAUACUGAUAGGAAAGUGGAAGUUUCUAAUGCUCGUGGAGACAAUGAAAUUGUUGAAAUAGAAUUUGCAUAUAGCCGGAGGAAUAGAAAGCCAAAAAUGUUAGCUGAAGGUUUCAUUGAUAGCAAUGAUCUUGAAGUUGAUGAAAAAGAUGAUUCAUAUGACUGCAAUCCGGAAUCUGUCAUGGAAUGUGACGCCUUUGCAGAAGCAGAAAUAGAACUAGAAGAAAACGAAAUUCUGGAACUUCAAAGAGAAGUUGAAAGAAAUAGGAUUGUUUCUCAUGCUACUAUAAAUAGCACGGAACAGUCCGAUUUAAUAAUUACUGACAUUAAUUUAAGUGACACAGAUUUGGUUAGUAAUGUUAUUGCAGAUGAAGUGGUAUCAUCUAAAAGGACGUACACCAAAAAAUCUAAAAAACCUAAUGUGAAUGUACCACGGAGAGUUUAUCAGAGCAAUCCUGUUCCUCGCCCUUCAUUCACAAAGUACACUCCUGCAGAAGAAUAUCCUUCUUAUAAGGAGGAAAAACUUAAAUUUGCUCCUGAUAGAAAUUUAAAAACCUAUACACGCAGUCGAGAAUCAGAUGCUCCAAAAUGUCCAAAUUUUUUAGUAUCAUCUAUGAAGUCUCCACCCACAAAAAAGUGCAUCACUGGCAAAGAAACUACUAGUCUCAUCACAUCCUUGAAUGGAUCUAGCAACCAGUCAAUUGUAAUUCCAAUGACUCCUGAAGCAAAUGCAAAGGAUGCUUCUUGCAACUCGGUAAUGAUUUUCGCAAAAGCACCAGACCAGGAAAACAUUCUUCACCUAUUUAUGUACAACAAAACUGAUACAGAGUUAAAUACUGUAAAUUGUAAAAUUGAAAAUACUGUUAGUAGCAAUGCUGUGGAAUCAGUGGAAAAUAUAAAUGAAAUGAACUCGUGACUCGUACUUCCUUAAGUGCACAAAUAAAACUGUUUCAUUUCUAUCCAGGUAGCAAGGAAAAAUACUACAAGGGCAAUCUGUAAAAAAAGGAGGGUCAUAGUUAAUCAGUGGCACGUAUAAGGGGAGGGCCCAGGGGGUCCAGAAACCUCCCAUCGCUCUUAAGCAUUUUUGAUUGACUAUAGUCCUAUUUAUGCAGUACGUAAAAAAAUCCCAAGCGAAGGUAACAAUAAUUUCAGAUUUAAUAUAAAUGAAAAAAUAGAAUUUAUUUCCUUUCUUUCUACACCUGCAAAAUAGAGCUGUAUGUGAACAUAAAUUAUUCUAUAGUGAUGAUUUUGCUCAGCUGUUUUUGUUUUUAGUUAUGAGAAAAGUACAUUCUUUUACUUUCUGGUAUUUUGAUAAAGCAUUUUUUAUUAAUAGAUUUAUUUUAUUAGCUGAUGCUAAGAAAUUAUUCAAUAUUUUAAAAAAAUGUUUUUGUUCUUGACAAUCGGUAAAAUCAAAAGAAUAUGUGAUUGCAUGUUGGAGUCUAAUAUGAGAAUGGUUGACCUUCGAUCCUGGACCCCCCACCGUCAUCACUUUGAAAAAUUACUGUGUGUGCCAUUGGAGUCAACAUAUUUCUUUAAAACUCGGAAUCCAACUUUUUUUUUACAGUCUGAAAUCAAGCCCGACUUCAACUCCAACUGCACAGCCUUGGUUAGUAGUGCAUAACGUUUUAUGUUAGUUUUUAAAAACAGUACAAUGUUUUGUGUCAAAAUAUGAGGAUUAAAAGAGUCAACCUGCAUAAAAGUACAGCUGAAAGUGAUAAAAAUUAACCAAACAAUAGUUUUGAGGCUAAUAAUGUCACUCUUCAUCAAUGCCAGAAACAACACUGCUACAGUAAUCCAAAGCAGACAAGUGCACCCAUUUUGCAUUUGCCUGUUUUUCGAUUAUUGUAGUUAUUCUCCUUUGACUGUUUUGAUAGUUUUAUCUAUUUUUUUUAUCACUUUUAAUUGUUUUUUUUUGCAGAAGUUAUUUAACUUCCAAUUAUUUAUUAAAUAUUAGGGCUCAACCGAUGGCAAAUGCCAAUUGUUGGUCGAUGGUUCAAAGAUGGCCGAUGGCCACUGGGCCGAGAGUUUUUUGUUUCAAAUGGCCAGUGGUCCAUGGAAGCACUUUCCUGAGGAAGGUUCAAAUAUAGGUUUCAAACAAUUUUCAAAACAUGAAAAGUAGUCAGUACAUUGUAGAAAUUGAUAGCAAGUCAUGUUUAAAAAAAUGAAUAGAUAAAUAAAUAUGAUAGCUAGAUAGAGGUCUCUGAUAGUUCUCCUUUUGACUUCCUUUUGCAAAAAAGAAAGUAUUGUAUUCGCGAAAAAAAUUUCACUCAAAAAUCAACCUUAAUUUCCAUUUUACUCACCCCCAAAUGAAUAUUGAGUUUUUACUUUCGACUCGACCACGUGUGGAUAAGUGCCUAAGAACGUAUAGACAUGCGAAAUAUCCAUAAUGAUGUUUCCCGAGUUAAUUACAACAAAUUUUCUCGUGACGUCUAUAUGUACGUAUGUAUGUGUGUAUGUAUGUCGCAUAACUCAAGAACAGUAAGUCCUAGAAAGUUGAAAUUUGGCAGGUAGACAGUAUAAUUACAGUAUGUAUUAGCAGCAGUAGUUAAGUACAAAAAAGAAGGCUGAAAUUUGGUAAAUCAAUGUCACAGGACAAAAUUUCCGAACAUUUUCCUUCUCCAACAAAAAGCGGAAAUCUCGAUAUUUCCCCAAUUUCAGCCUUCCCCUUUUAUGGGUCUAGUUGUGCACCUCCCUUUUUGGUUAUAUUUGGGUGUUUCUAAAUGUGCCCCUUUUUUUUGGGGGGGGGGGAUCAUUGUUAAUUUCGAUGUAAACUCAAGUAGUGUUAUAAUUUGGCGGACACUUAGCAACACAUUGCCAGUCUUUUGGUCGCCAACUUGGCGACAAAUUUGGCAACUUUCUUUUAUUUUGUUUUAAUUUGGCCAAUGUUGGUGAUAUUUAGAGAGUAAACUAUUGAAUCACAUUAAAAUUGCUAGUAAUGGCGGAAGGACGUUAAAUUGGAGUAAAAGGAAGUCAUGUGAUGCACACAUCAGCUCGUUUUAAUAAAAAUUUUGUGUUGAGAAUCACAGCAAAGUAGAAAAAAAUAUUUGGGCUGUAGAAAUAUAUCUCUAACAGAAAAAAUGGAACAGAAAGUGAGAAGAAUUCAAAGAAUUGUAAUGAAAAGUCGCACCAGUACACUAGUAGUUAAAUGUUCAAAGGUAAAAACGGAAGUAAAACAAAACUUUUACGAAUGACUUAUUGUAUUUCAACUAAUGAAAGGUUAAAAAUCUAAAGUAUUACUAAAUAUUUUAGGAGUUCAAUUUUUAAAAAGUUACUGGCGAAGAGCCCCCCUCCCCCACUGAAAACUUUGUAUACCGUCUAAAAUUGCGUUUAGAAUAUUCUAUUUUGAAAAACUGUUGGGGGGAGUCAUUGAACACAAUCCCUUUCUUUAACGUUGCCAAAAACCCCUCUGUUUUAGCUUCCAAAGCUGGGGCCUACAAUCGUAUUUUUAAAACUUUAAUUUCGGACGAUUUUCUGGGGGUAGAGGCACCCAUUGAACCUUCCUGCCCCUAACAUCACUGAAGAUUUUCUUAAACUUCUUUUCAUGACUUCAUUAAAAAAAAAAUAUGUUGACACUUCCCUUAACCCCCCCCCCCCCUUAACCUUUUAGGGAUUUUAAUCACCAUACAAACCCUGAAUUCGGUGUUUCCCGCACUAUUCUUAUGACUGUUCUGAUUGUUGUAUUUUUACUGCACUUUAAGUCUUCAGGCCAGAUUAUAAAAUAUGUCAGAAUAUGAGAAUAUUUAUUUGCUUUGUGUUAAGAUAAAAGGGGAAGGCUGAAAUUGGGGAAAUAUCGAGGUUUUCGCUUUUUGUUGGAGAAGGAAAAUAUUCGGAAAUUUUGUUCUGUGACAUUAAUUGAUUUACCAAAUUUCAGCCUUCUUUUUUGUACUUAACUACUGCUGCUAAUACAUACUGUAAUUAUUUCAACUAAAGAGCAUAAAAUUAUUAAAACUCUCAUCAAAGUGAGAGUUUCAAAAGUAUCUGCCAUGUUGUCAAUAUUUUCGGUAGUGAUUCAAACCUUGGUAUAUUUCCAAACUCUAAAACUGGUGUUAGUCCCAUUGCUGCCCUGUUUCGGGCCCUAUUCUGUGCUUACUUUUAACUAUGCAGUAAAAAAUAGAUAAAUAAAAGUUAGGUUUUUCCUUUUGAAUUUUCGAAAUACAUCCGCGAUCAUCAGCAUUUAGAUGAUUUCCAAGGCUGAUGUUUUCUCCAAGUUUAGCAUCGGCCGCCGAUGCCGAUAGCUAAAAUUUUGAACCAUCGGUCGAGUCCUAUUAAAUAUAGGGAAAGAAAUCAUGAAUAACACUCUGGGUUAUUUAAAUUAGUUUUUUAAUGUACUAAUAGAGAAUCAUCUAGUCUAAAUCAGAGGUUCCCAAACUGGGUGGGGGAAUAUGCGAGGGGAUUAUGAAGUGUUCAUGGUAUCAAUACAUAUGUAUGUAGUAGAUAGACUAGGGUGCCAUGAGAAAAUUCUUAUUCUUCAAAGGGUGCCGCGAGUGGGGAAAGUUUGGGAACCCCUGGUCUAAAUGCAAUGGAAUUCUGUUGUGAGAUAAUGAUGAACUUAGUCAAAAUUAUGCAACUGAUAAUGCAUUUAUUUUAUGUUACAUAUACCUCAUCUUUUUAUUUUAAAUGAAUAUAUAUGAAAAUUAGUUUAUGAUAAAGUGUUUGUCUUUUAUAUUGCACAUGUGAUAUUUAAAUUUUAAGUAGAGUUAUGAAUAGUUGUUUUCUAAAUUUUUGUUGAAUGCAUAAUAAGUUGUGUUUUUAUUUAUUUAAUAACCCCUUUGCUAGUGUUGCUUAAACUGGAUUUGGGCCAUUUAAGAAUGAUUGGAAUCAAGCAACAGUGGCAACGGGGUAAUUUAUUGCUGUAAAAAAAAGGUUCUAAAUAACUAUGUGGCUUUUUUGAUGAGGUUAAGUCUUUCAUAGUGUAAAUUUAUAUUGACUUUUUACAUGAGAUCCAGUCUAGUAUUUCCAAGUUUCCAUCAAAAAGUUCAUGGACAAAAAUUAAUAUUUUUCAAAGGCUGAAAAGAUGCACAACUGCAUCUUUUCAACAUUUUUUGCUUCAUUUGUUCAUAUGGAUACUUACUACAUAUAUUUUGUAAAUAGUUAAAUAUAACUUUAUGACAUCUUUAAUAAAUUGAUUUUCUAUGCA